AUUUUGCAUUCCGGAAACAAAGAACAAAUCAUCGAGACCCCUUUCUUCUUCUUCUUCUCUGAGCUUCCUUCCGCUAGCCAAUUCGUCUCCAGAUCGCGCAGAUCUCGUCUUCGAGGAAGCCUGCGUGCGUGCUAGAUAUUCUCCGCCUUCUAAUUCUAGAUCUUGAGAGGGCAGGGCAGGUAGAAGCAGAGCUGAUUCCUGGAACCAACCAUGAUGUCUUUCGAAAUGAAUGACCGCAAAAAAAUUGGAUUAGGGCUGACAGCUUUUGGCGUCUUUUUCUCCUUUUUGGGAGUAGUCUUUGUCUUUGAUAAGGGCUUACUUGCCAUGGGAAAUAUUCUUUUCAUCUCUGGGGUUAGUCUUACCAUUGGCCUCAAGUCUACCAUGCAGUUUUUCACCAAGCGUCAAAACUAUAAGGGAACAAUAUCUUUUGGGGCCGGCUUCUUCUUUGUAGUCAUUGGAUGGCCUAUUCUGGGAAUGAUGUUGGAGACCUAUGGCUUUUUUGUUCUCUUCAGUGGCUUCUGGCCAACCUUGGCAGUUUUCGCACAAAAGAUACCCAUUCUCGGUUGGAUCAUUCAGCAACCUUAUAUAAGAUCGUUCUUUGACAAGUACCGGGGCAAGCGUGUGCCCGUCUAGUCCCCGACCAAGUUGAGUGAUAAUUCACUGAGCUAGAGAUGCAGCAGAACAAACGAUUGAAAUAUUUUGGAAGGAGAGGUUUGUAUGCUUGUCCACAACUUCUGUAGAAACGUAAACCCGUAGGAGAAAGCAAAUAGCGUGGAGCAACUUGAAGCUUUGUACUUUUAAAAGACUAACUCAGUGACUUAAUGCUGGAUUGUAAUCGUGUUUUGGUUCAAGUUCUUUUUUAA